AUCCAGCAUUAUUAUCGUUGCAUCGCUACUGUUACUACUCGCCGUCGCUGCUCUGGUUCAUUCACCUACCAUCACUGACCUCUCACAAGCUAUUACUACACUGAACGGAUAGCACAUCAUCCAUUCGCUCGUGUGCAACAUGGAUUCAUAGUCAAAGAAGACAAACCACAUCAGCGCUCAAGUUAAAUCCUCCAAACAGCUACGACCUCGAUCGUCGGAAAGAUGUCUGGACACAGUUCAUAUGGACCGCCGCCAGGUUAUCCUGGUGGAGAUGACGAUUCUGCAUCGAACCACCCAAACAAUGCCGGCGCAUCGAUGCGCCUGCUCACCAACUCGAGUGAAGACUCAUAUGCUCCUUCAAUCUCACCCAGCGCAGCCUCAGAUCCGCGCAAGAAACCCACGCCACAAGAGCUCUUUCUACGAGCACAAGAUCGAUUGAACGCGCUGAAUGCGAGCAACAAGAGCAGCGACUCUCUUCCCACAUAUUCACCCACACCUUCGGUCCGCCUUCAACCGGAACCGGUGCAUGAAGAGAUGAGCAGUCUACUACAAGAGGUCCAAGAUGAGAUCUCUACUGGCAGCCCGCCGCGGUCUGGUGAACCUCGCACGCGUCACUUUCGAGGAAAAUUCAAGACCAAGGAUAGCACAGAAGACAUGAGCCCGUCAACAUCGCCCAUCCGUGGCGGUUUGCCUCCGAGCCCUCUACAGCGCUCGUAUCAGCCAUCCGCUCCACCGUUGUCACGGCACACCUCUGUGCUCGGUGACGCGCCUCAAAUUCCGCCUCCGAGUCGUGAUGGUUCGGCCUACAGUCCCUUGUACCGCCCUUCUUCACGAGCAUCACAAUCUCCCACGCGGCCGUACUCCCCUUCGCGAACUUCUGUCGCGGACUAUGCUCGUCCAAGGGCGCCCACGAUUCAAUAUGAGCCUGCUGAUAUUAAUGGCGUCCCACGACCGGGCACUCCUUCCUCUCAAUACGGAGGUGGUUCCCCGAAACGUCCUCUGCCUCCGGCACCAUUGUUUGCUGCGACUCGACCUCUGUCGCGAUCGUCUCACGAUAUGGAUAGAGAGCCCGAAAUGACAUCCAUUCCCAUCGACGAUGAUGCGACCACCAAUGCAGAUGAUGUCUUUGGACCUUCCACCGCAGGAACUCUUACUCGCGAGCUGCACGAACGCGAUAGUUUCGUGUCCGAAGCCACGCUCGCGGAAGACCACUACGAUGAAAAGGACGACAUGGAUGAGCAAACCGACGUCGACAGCGGCUCUCUUUAUGGACCGGCACCCACAGGCAAGCAAGCCCGUCGUGGCGUCCGCCAGGCACAGAUGGCCACCAAAGAAGUCCGCCUGAUCAACGGUGAACUGAUUCUCGAGUGUAAAAUCCCCACCAUCCUCUACAGUUUCCUCCCUCGCCGGGACGAUGUCGAGUUCACCCACAUGCGCUACACCGCCGUGACCUGCGACCCCGACGACUUCGUCAGCCGCGGAUACAAGCUGCGUCAGAACAUCGGCACCACCUCGCGCGAGACGGAGUUGUUCAUCUGCAUCACCAUGUACAACGAGAACGAGAUCGACUUCACCCGCACCAUGCAUGGCGUCAUGCGCAACAUCGCCCACUUCUGCAGCCGCGCCAAGAGUCGCACCUGGGGCAAAGAAGGCUGGCAGAAGAUCGUCGUCUGCAUCAUCUCCGACGGUCGCGCCAAAGUGCACCCUCGCACUCUUGACGCCCUGGCCGCCAUGGGUUGCUAUCAAUCCGGUAUCGCGAAGAACUCGGUCAACGCGCGCGAAGUCACGGCGCACGUGUACGAGUACACCACACAGGUGAGCUUGGACGCCGACUUGAAAUUCAAGGGCGCCGAGAAGGGCAUCGUGCCGUGCCAGAUGAUCUUCUGUCUCAAGGAAAAGAACGCGAAGAAGUUGAAUAGUCAUCGAUGGUUCUUCAAUGCGUUCGGUCAGGCGCUGAACCCGAAUGUUUGCAUUCUGCUCGAUGUCGGAACCAAGCCUGGCGACGACUCGCUGUAUCACCUGUGGAAGGCGUUUGAUCGUGACAGUAAUGUUGCUGGUGCAGCCGGAGAGAUCGUGGCGGCCAAGGGUAAAGCUUGGAUGCAACUUUUGAAUCCAUUGGUCGCCAGCCAGAAUUUCGAGUACAAGAUGAGUAACAUCCUCGACAAGCCGCUCGAGUCGGUAUUCGGAUACAUCACCGUCUUGCCUGGUGCGUUGAGUGCAUACCGAUACCACGCCUUACAGAACGAUGAGAACGGCCACGGACCUCUAAGCCAGUACUUCAAGGGAGAGACACUCCACGGUCAAGACGCGGAUGUCUUCACAGCCAACAUGUACCUCGCCGAGGAUCGUAUCCUCUGUUGGGAGUUGGUCGCCAAACGCAACGAGAAGUGGGUGCUCAAGUACGUCCGCAACGCGACCGGAGAGACCGAUGUCCCCGACGCGAUCCCCGAAUUCAUCUCCCAGCGUCGCCGUUGGCUGAACGGAGCCUUCUUCGCCGCCGUCUACUCGCUCCUGCAUUUCCGACAGAUCUGGACCACCGACCACUCCAUCGCGCGGAAGAUCCUCCUCCACGUCGAAUUCAUCUACCAGCUCGUCCAGCUCAUCUUCACCUUCUUCUCGCUCGGAAACUUCUACCUGGCCUUCUACUUCAUCGCGGGCAGCCUCGCCGAUCCCCUGGUCGACCCCUUCGGCCACCACAUCGGCGCCGCCAUCUUCAUCAUCCUCCGCUACGUCUGCGUGCUCACCAUCAUGAUGCAGUUCAUCCUCUCCAUGGGCAACCGACCGCAGGGGGCGAAGCGCAUGUUCACCGCCUCGCUCGUCGUCUUCAGCAUCAUCAUGGCCUACAACACCUUCGCCACCAUCUACAUCAUCGUGCGGCAGUUCGGCCCCUCGCAGACGGAAAACGUGCAUUUCGGGUCCAACAUCUUCACCAACCUCAUCGUCUCCACGCUGUCCACCGUGGGCCUCUACUUCCUCAUGUCCUUCCUCUACCUGGACCCGUGGCACAUGUUCACCAGCGCCGGCCAAUACUUCGCCCUGCUGCCCUCGUACAUCUGCACGCUGCAAGUCUACGCCUUCUGCAACGCCCACGACGUCACCUGGGGCACCAAGGGCGACAACGUCAUGAACAAGGACCUCGGCGCGGCCAAAGCCGCCAGCAAGGACGGCUCCAAGGUCGAACUCGAGAUGCCGUCGGAGCAGCUCGACAUCGACUCCGGCUACGACGAGGCGCUCCGGAACCUGCGCGACCGCGUCGAGGUGCCGGUGCCGCCGAUCGCGGCCUCCCAGCAGCAGGAGGACUACUACCGCGCGGUGCGCACGUACGUGGUGAUCGUGUGGAUGGUGUCCAACGCGGUGCUGGCGAUGGGCGUCAGCGAGAUCUACGGCUCCACCCCCGUGGCCGACAACUUCUACCUGAAGUUCAUCCUGUGGAGCGUGGCCUUCCUCGCGCUGUUCCGCGCCCUCGGCUCCACCGCCUUCCUGAUCAUCAACAUGGUCCAUUCCAUCAUGGAGGCCCGCCUGAAGUGGCUGCAGAGACGCGACCACGUCGAUCCCCUCGCGGGCGCCACGGUCGCGGGGCGCAAGGUCGGCGGGUUAACGCUCUGGGAGAGAUUCUCGACGCCCAAGUGGGCGCUCGGCACGAAGAAGUGGGUCGGAGGGAAGAUGAGCUCGGCGGGGAGCAGCAUCGGGAGUGCGGUGGGGAGGAGGUAGAUGGAUUUGGGAUUUGGUUUCAUGAUCGAGACGGUUACGUGUAUGAUGGGGAUUGGCGUUUUUUUUUCUCUCCUUUUGGGAGAUUCUCGGAUGCUGCUGGGAUUUUGGGAGACGAUGUGGAAGAUACAUGUCGUCUGCCCUGGUUCGAUGGGGACUGAUCCUCAAUUUCGUCUUAUUAUCAUCGUGCGCCCUUUCCCAGCCAUUGUUUGGAAAGGAAUAGAUGUGGCAACUUUUGAGUACACCAAAACUCGCUCUUCGCUGUCGUUGUGG